UCAAAGCGUGGCUUGCCACUGUAUUUAAAUUCUUCUUAAUUUGUUCUUCGUCUUGCGGUUAACUGUUGCAUAAAUUGAUUUUGAAGUGGACAUAUUUUACAAGGACAAUGUCUUGUAGGACGGCGUGUCAGAUGCUGCAGCGUCGCCUGACGUCUACUGCGGCUGCUACUCGUCUCUCUGCUGCCGAGGUGCGCAGUCAGAGAAGCGCUCUUUUCUCCAAGGAGCAGGCACGCCAGCGGUCUCUGUAUCCCCGCAUAGAGAAGAUAGAAGUGCAGAUGGAGGGACCCGGUCUGCAGGGCACCCUCCUCGUCAUGAAUAAAGGAAUGUCCACCCCACACAGCUGUGCACGGCACCUGACUGAGUGGCACGUAAACAGUGCGGCUCUCGCUCUUGUUGACGGGAAGCCAUGGCAUGUUCAUCGUCCUCUCACCCACUCCUGCUCCAUGACCCUCCUCACCUUUAAAGACAACGACCCUCAACUGGUCAAUCAGGCAUACUGGAGAUCAUGUUCAGCACUCCUUGGCCAGGUUCUUGAUGGUGCCUUUAAGGAUGAGUUCAGUGUGGAGCUGCUUAAGAUUCCAGAAGUGCCAGUUACAUCAGGUGCGUUCUGUUGUGAUCUGGUGCUGGACCCUCAGUUAGACUCUUGGAAACCUUCAGAGGAAAACCUGCGCUCUUUCACCCGUGAAGCCCACCAGCUUAUCCACAAAGACCUGCCCUGGGAGCCACUGGAAGUAUUGCCCUCUGUUGCCUUGGAGGUCUUUUCACACAGCAGGUGUAAGCAGCAGGAGGUGGAGGAGUUGGCUGCCGAAAGCUCCAGUGGUACAGUUACACUAUAUAGGUGUGGAGAACACGUGUUGCUGAGUGGGGGCCCUCUAGUGGCCAGAACUGGUCUGUGCUACCAGUAUGAGGUGGCAGCCAUACACACAGUAGGAGAGGGCCAGUGGGGCCUUCAUCGCAGAGCCCAGGGCCUGUCUUUACCCACCAAUCUGACAGCUCAUCACACAGUGUGGAGGAAGCUGAGAAGGAGAGCAGAGAAGCUGGUGGAGCUCCCCACGUCUUCGACCAGUGAGACAGUGACCCCACCCAUUACAUCACAGGCUGAGGUGGAGCUUCCUCAGACAACACCUCCUUUGGCCCAGCAGUGACCUCUCCCAUCUUCAUGUAUACAUACAUGCUCAGAAAUUUGUAUUAUUCAAUGAAUAAAUAUUUAAAACU